UCAAGAUGUUACAAUUUUGUGGUUUAUUUAGUUAAAAUAAAAUGUAAUUAGAAUACAAAUUUAACAAUUAACAAUUUUGAAUAGAUGUCAUACUAAGUUGUAUUAAUAAUUAUAUAUAAUUAUACAUUUAUAUUAAUUAAAAAUAUAAUAUUUCAUAAGUUAAACAUAAUGGAUGGUUAUAAAUAAAAUAACAAUUGGACAUAUAAUAAAAAAAUAAAUAUGAAUUCUGUAUUUAUGAUAUAAAAAUAUACAUGAAAGUUUUUUUUUUAUUAUUAUGACUAUAGAAAUCAAUGACAUAUUGGAAGUAAGAUGUUAUUGAAGAAUGCAUCGCCUAUCUCGUGAAGUGCCGCAUUACUCCAAUUGUCAUCCAUUUGAAGAUGAUGUCGUUUGUGACAACGAUGAUAAUGUUGGCGAUGUGAGUAGGAGUAUGAUGAUGACGACAAAUCAUCCAUUUCAUCACCGUCCAUUCACUCACUCGCUUGUCAGGUUGUCACCGGCAGAGGUAUGCCACUCAGACGUCAAACACGUUGAAUCAUAUUUACAAAGCAACAAUAGCAGUUUAAGUAACAACAAUAACAACAUCAACAUCUGUAACAUCAACAACAAUGGCCAAAUUGAUGUCAACAGUUUCAACAAUCUUGCAAAUAAAGCCAACGUUGUCAAAAGCUUGGACAAUGGCAUUGUUAAUUGCAAUUAUGUUUUGGUAUCUGACAACAGCAACAUUUGCCAGGGUAACGUGUUGAGCAAAAACAUCCAUCACAAUAGUUAUUGCAAUUUAGAGAACUGCGGUGGCAACAACAACAACAACAAAGACGUUACUUUAACGCAAUACUUUUCAAACAACUACACAGACAACAACAACAACAAUACAAAGGUUUACGCAGCAGAAGUAACUACGCCUGUUAUGAUCCGAGAUCAUCUUCCCAACGGAUUUAAUGACAACAGUAGGAUUGUCAGUUACAGCAGAAGCAGCAGCAACAGUUGUUUGACCAGCACCUGUAUCAACAACAUUGACCAGCUAAUGACGAACGACAACAAUGCAGACCUACCCUACUUUUCCAGAUACCACCCUGAAUACGGCUACCCCAAGCCUCCCUACUCCUACAUCUCACUCAUCGCCAUGGCCAUCAGCUCAUUUCCAGACAAGAUGUGCACACUGCACGACAUUUACGCCAUCAUAUCCAACAACUUUCCGUACUACAGGUCCAAUCAGAAACGCUGGCAGAACUCAAUUAGGCACAGUUUAUCAUUCAACGACUGUUUCGUAAAAGUCAACAGAACAGCAGAUCGCCCCGGCAAAGGUUGCUUGUGGACGUUGCACCCAAAAGCAGGCAACAUGUUCAACAAUGGAUGCAUGUUGAGAAGGCAGAAAAGAUUCAAAAAUGAUGAAGAUCGCCAGGAUGUAGAAAAGUUGUUUGAGGAGAACGAUGGACAAGUUGAUGAUGCAAAUGAUAAUUUUUCAGAGGAUCAUCAACACUUAAAUCAGAUAUGUCAUCAGUAUCUCAAUCAACAUCCUGCCAAUCAUUUUCAUCAUCAAACAUAUCCGAUAAUCGGAAGUUCUCAAAUCAAUACUGACAGUUGUUUUUAUAAUAAUAACUAUGGGAGCAAAAUAUCAAACAAGAAAUAUAUGUACAACUGUCAAUCGAAUAUGGACCCAUUGCAAGCUCCCUUCACAUAUCAGCAUUUCAUCAAUAACAAAUUUCAUUAUGCCAAUAUUUACCCAUUAGCAGAGUGCGGCGUUAAUGAACAUAUGGCCAGGCUGCAACAGAAUGGAGCUGCAGGUCACCUCAACCAGCUCCACGGCCAGCAUCCUCAUCGUGACCAACUGCAACUUCAUCAACGUCCUCACUCACAGCGACAUUCGUACGGAGAGCAGGCGGAGCGGUAUGAUUCAUUUGAUAACGAUCAAGAGAAUGUUACAUCGUCCACUGAUAUUUGAAAACUGCUUCCAUCUGAUUCAGCUUCAUGCACGAAAAUUUCAUUCUAUUAGAAAUAGACAAUAAUUAUACAUGUUAUUUUUUAAUUUUUGAACAAUCGAUAUACUUACAUAUGUCUAAGGUUGAUAAUAUAUAUUAUAACUACACUGGCAUCUGAUAAUGUUCAUUGUUCAAAUGCUUUGUUUGCUCUAGCGAAUAAGAGGUAUUUAAAAUUUUUCAAAUAAUUCAUUUACAACUGGCGAGUUUAUUUAAAAUAGUUUAUAAUCAUAAUGAUGCUUUUAGUAUCAAUUUAGAAGCUUUAAUAGCAAAAUUCGGCAUUCUAUUUGAAAACUAAGAAAAGUUAGCUAAUGAUCAGCAUGAAUUUUCAA